GGGAUGCUAACAAACACUGCUUUUCUAGGGGUUCCCUUGGGUCACAGGCGGCGGCGAUAGUGGAGGGUGUGGGAUGGGUUUUGUGGGAAAUUGGACAUGGGUACGCUUAUCUCGUAACCUUAGGGAGUAUACCCGUAUACAUGCCGCUGGACUAGGUCUACUAUAGCUGUGCGGUCAUGGCCUCCGCUGGCGGUGAGUACUUGAAGUACCUAUAUGCGACUAUAUGCUACCUUUUGCGGACCUGCUUACCAUGUUCUCCCUUCCCUUGGCCCUUUGCCGUCAAUGCACACUAUGGCUGCCCUUGCGGUGCAGGCAUGCCCGUCUGGAUCGCGGGUGGGGUCCCAUGGUGAGCGCUAGUACCCGCUGUGCUGCCCUUGCUAAUACUGCUCCUCAACAGUGUUUGCUUCAUAUAUACAGAUGUCCAUUGUUAAUGAAGCAGGCGGGAGCAGUACUAGUGGGCGGGCGCAAUACCAGCACGGGCGGCUAGAGCGCGCUGCGAUGCCAAACUUGUUGGUUUUUUUUACGAGACCUGCUUGGUAGCUCCCAUGUGUACUAGACAGAGUCAUUUGAAAUAUACCAAGCUCUUUAC